AUGCGCUGCGCCUCCUGCGUGCGGGCAAUAGAGCAGCACCUGCUGCAGCUGGAGGGAGUGGUUGCAGCAAGCGUGUCUUUGCUGCUGGAGAAGGUAACUGUUGAGUACCGAGCAGCAGCAGCAGCGGCAGCAGCAGCAGCAGCAGCACGGGGUGGAAGGGACGCCUCCACCAUAAGAGCUGAUGAGCUGCAGCAGCAGCUGAGUGGGCUCGGCUACAAAGUUUUGCUGCUGUCGGACCGCCUGCUGCCCUCGCAGCAGCAGCUGCUGCAGAGAGGUGCAGCAGACGCAGCAGCAGCAGCAGCUGCUGCUGCAGCAGCAGCAGAACCAACAUCAGUCCUUCAUCUUUGCCCGACGGACAUGGGGUGCUUCGGGGCUGCGCAGCUAGACCUGCGAGCAGCAGCAGCAGCAACCGCGGGAGAAGCAGUAGCAGCAGCAGCAGCAGCAGCAGCAGCAACACGGGCAGCAGACUAUGCAGCAAGCAGCCUCUCCUGUGGGGCCCCACAGGGGCCCCCAUCUGCGGGGGCCCCAAAUGCUGCUGCUCUGUGGGGUGAGAAGUUUAAGUCCUUUUUGCUGUCGGUCCCGGGUGUGGAAUCUGUUGCUGUUGCAGCAGACGCAGCAGCAGAAGCACCAGCAGCAGCAGCACCAGCAGCAGCAGGGGGGUUCUUCGGGGGGCUGUGCAGACGCGGGAAACCCCAGGGGCUCUGUGUAAGAAUAACAUAUGAGAACAGGAAGCUGGGGGCCCGGCAACUGCUGCUGCUGUGCCGCAGCAGCAACUGGAAGGUCCAGUGGUCUCCCCGGGGGGAGCUGGUCUUCGGCGCAGCAGCAGCGGCAGCAGCAGAGCUGCAGCAGCAGAAGCGCCGCGUUGCUGCUGCUGCUGUUCCCGCGGCCCUCGUGGCCUUGCUGACGAUGCUGCUGCCCAGCCGCUACUUGGGGCCUCUUCAAAAGGAGUCGUUUUUGCCGGGCCUUUCUUAUUUGCUGCUGCUGGUGUGUCUGCUGUCGGGCGUUGCGGUGUACGGCGCUGGGGUGUACGUACACCGCAAGGCCGUGGCUGCAGCACGGCGGGGAUCAGCAGAUAUGUAUGUUUUGAUGUCUUUGGCAACAAAUAUAUCUUUUCUUUAUUCUCUUUUUGUCUCCAUCAUGACAGUCUUCCUCACCCUCAGCAGCAGCAGCAGCAGCAGCAGCAGCGGCAGCAGCAGCAGCGGCGGCGGCGAAAGCAGCAGCAGCAGCAGCAGCAGCUUUGUGGACCCGCCCACGUUUUUCGAUACUGCUGCUGUUCUUGUUGCUGUGCUGCUGCUGGGAGAAAUGCUGGAGAUGAGAUCAAAGAGAAGAGCUUUUGCUGCUGUUGAGAGGCUGACAGCAAGCCAGCCUUCCACUGCCAUUCUCUUGGCAAACGCUGCUGCUGCUGCUGCUGCUGCUGCUGCUGCUGCUGCUGCUGCUGGGGGUGCCGGUGAAGACGCGGCCCCUGCUGCUGCUGGGGAUGCUGCAGCAGAAAGAAAGGGCCAUUUCGGGUCUCCGGCAAUCGCAGCAACAGCAGCAGCAGCAGAAGCAGCAAACGCCUCCUCCCUGAUUGCCCCUGCAGCAGAACUUGCUGCUGCUUAUAAGGGAGCUUACGCUGCUGCUGCAGUGCAGCAGCUGUCGCAGCAGCAAGUUGCUGCUGUUGCUUCUCUCCCCCCUGUCUCUGUCCCCAUUGAGCUGCUGCAGAUUGGAGAUGUUAUUAGAGUCCCCUUGGGAGCUGCAGUUCCCGCAGAUGGCCUGCAGCUAAACAAGGAUACUGUGUCUGUAAAUGAGUCCCUGCUGACGGGGGAGAGCCACGCUGUAGCGAAGGGCCCGGGGGAGACAGUCUUGGGGGGUUCUUUUGUUGUUGCAGCAGCAGCAGGUGCAGCAGCAGCAGCAGCAGCAGGCAGCAGCAGCAGCAGCAGCAGCAGUUCCACGAGGAGCCGGCGACUGGACGGCGCUGCAGGGCCUACAGCAGCAGCAGCAUCCGCUGCAGCAGCUUCUGCUGCUGCUGCUGCUGAAGCAGGCACUGCUUUGCUGCUGCAGGUGCAGGAACUUGGCAGCAGCUCCGCCUUGGGCCAAGUGCAGCAGCUAGUGACUCUCUCCGGCAGCAGCAAACCGCAGCAGCCGCAGCUGCUAGACAAAGUAACAGCGUGGUUCGUGCCGCUGGUGCUGCUGCUGGCUGCAGCAACGUUCUGCGUGUGGGCCUUUUUGCUGCUAGCUGGGAUCGUCUCCCCGAUCCCACUCCUCCCGAUCCCCAAAAAGGUUUUUCUCCAAAACCCCACAACUUCCAAACUCCUACUGUCUCUACAGUUCGCCGUUGCAGUCCUUUCCGUCGCCUGCCCCUGUGCCCUCAGCCUCGCAGCCCCCACAGCGCAGGCGGUGGCGAACGGCGUGGCUUCGCGUUUUGGCCUUUUGGUGAAGAGCAGCGCAGCUUAUGCUGCUGCUGUUAAUUUGAAACAAUUCAUUUUCGAUAAAACUGGAACCAUCACCACAGGGACAUUUGAGGUUGUCCGAGCAGCAAUAGCGGUAGAGACAGUGCAGCAGCUGCCCGAGCCUGUGCAACAUUUGCUGCACCGCCUGCAGCAGCAGCAGCAGCAGCAGCAGCAGCAGCAAGAGUCCACAGUUGAAAACAAAUCCGAGCCGCUUCCAAUCGACUGGAUAUCAGGUACCUUUGACCCAAACUCAGAUGAGUCGCAGCAGCAGCAGGAACAAGAGCAGCAGCAGCAAGAGGAGCAGCAGCAGCAACAGCAGCAACUGACUGGCCUCUUCUGGUGGCUUCUGGGAGUCGCGGAAAUGAACAGCGAACACCCAGCGUGGGCCGAAGAAAGGCAAAAAGAAGGCAGCACUGUAGUCGUGCUGCAGGCAGCAGGGCUAAUCUUAGGCUGCGUGGCCCUGGCCGACGGGCUGCAGCAGGAAGCUCCUGCUGUUGUUGCUGCGCUGCAGCAGCGGGGGAUUGAAGUAUGGCUGUGCACUGGCGACUCUGCUGCUGCUGCUGCUGCUGCUGCUGUUGGCAUUCAGCAGCAAAACGUCCUCGCCGAAGUUUUGCCCAAACAAAAAGCAGCAGUUGUCCUCAACCUCAGGCGCCAGCAGACGGGAGUUCCUUCUGUGGGCAUGAUUGGCGAUGGGCUAAAUGACGCGCCAGCUUUAGCAGCAAGUGACAUUUCCUUUUCUUUCGGAGCUUCGGCAGCAGCAGCAGCAGCAGCAGCAGCAGCUUCCGUCGUCGUCGCCAACCAGGACUUGCGGAGCAUAGUGUGCUUUUUGGAACUUGCUGCUGCACUGCAAAACACCAUAAGGGCCUGUUUGGUGUGGGCUUGCUGCUUCAACUUUCUGGGGCUGCCAGCAGCAGCAGGUUUGCUGCUGCUGCUGCUGCCCUCGCGGCAGCUCGUUUUGUCUCCUCCUGUUGCUGCUGCACUCAUGGCCCUCAGCUCCCUCCUCGUCAUACACACUGCUUCCUUGCUCAGGUACUUUCGGCCAAAGACGUUCCCCGUGGGCGGGGAGCAGCAGCAGCAGCAGCAGCAGCUUGCUGCAGCAGAUGUUUCUUCGCUGGAGCUGCUGCGGCGCCACGUGCGCGUUUUGCUGCGGGGGCCCCGCAGCCCAAGAACGCGGCGGCUGGAAGCAGCAGAAAGACUUGCUGCUGGGGCCCAUUUAACUGAGCCUCUUUUAGAAGACAGCCCCGCCUAA